AACGCGGAGGGACAAGUGUGCUGUUGGUGGCUGCACAGUGGAGCACAGUGAUCUUGGAGAAAUUGUUAAGAACACCAAGAAAGUCAAAAUGAGCUCAGCAGGAGAAGGAGCUCGCUCUGUCAGAAGAAGACUUCUAUCGCUGAGGGUGCAAGUUCAAAUCCUAGAGUGACCUGAAUUUCACGCAACUUUAAAACUUCAGACCAAAAACAGAAAUUAAAAUCACCAACAAAGUGUUGCUAUGCAGCUCAGAAAGAAAAGCUUGUGCUGUCAAAAGCUAAAAACACUGCUUUGAAGUUCUGAUGGCACAGGUCAGGAUGGGUGGAGCUGUGAGUACUGGUGAGGACAACGACGAUUUGAUUGACAACCUGAAGCAGGCUUACUACAUCCGCUCAGACCUGGUGGAGCGAGCUUUCAGAGCCAUCGACCGGGCCGACUAUUACCUGGAUGAAUACAGAGACAACGCCUACAAGGACUUGGCGUGGCGACAUGGGAACAUCCACCUGUCUGCUCCGUGCAUCUACUCUGAGGUAAUGGAGGCUCUGGAUCUCCACCCUGGCCUCUCCUUCCUCAACCUCGGCAGCGGGACAGGCUACCUCAGCACCAUGGUCGGCCUCAUUCUGGGACCGUCUGGGGUGAACCACGGCAUCGAGCUGCACGCAGACGUGAUCGAGUACGCUUACCAGAAGCUCGACUCCUUCAUCAAAACCAGCGACAGCUUCGACAAAUUUGAGUUCUGCGAGCCGUCCUUCGUCAUGGGUAACUGUCUGGAGAUUCCUCCAGAGAGCCGUCAGUACGACCGCGUGUACUGCGGCGCCGGCGUGCAGAAGGAGCACAAGGACUACAUGAAGAACCUGCUGAAGGUGGGAGGCAUCUUGGUGAUGCCUCUGGAGGACAAGUUGACCAAGAUCACCCGGACAGGCGUGAGCAGCUGGGAGACCAAGAAGAUCAUCUCGGUGUCCUUCGCCCCUCUGGUGCUGCCCAAACACAGCACCAACGGAAAACCCAAGACCGUCCCACUGCCCAGGUACGAGGUGCGGACGUUACAGGAACUGGCUCGCAUCUGCAUCCGUCACACCCUCAGGGUGACCACAGACGGCGGGGACGGCCAGUCGCGCGGCAGAGGCUCCUCCUUCAGCGUGGGCAGGGGUCUGUCGGUGGCCGGCCUCCAUAAGUACGGCCCGCGCUUCAAGCGUCGGCGCGUCCACCGGCGCCACUGCAACAUCCAGGUGGUGGCGUCGCUGGACAGCAACAACAACCAGGGCGGGAGAGCGGCGGACGAGGAGGAGGCCACGGUGGCGGCGGAGGAGAGGGAGGCCCGGCAGCACAUGAGAGGCAGCGGCAGGGUGACGAGGGGAGUGGUCAUGGAAGAGGAGGAGCCGGUGGAGGAGGUGGACGAGGAGGAGGAGGAGGAGGAGGAGGAGGAGGAGGAGGAGGAGAAGGAGACCGGGGAGCUGCUGCGACCUCAGCCGGCCGUGAACGUCCUGAGGGAGCGGAUACUGGCUCUGCCGCUGCCCGAGCCUCUGAAGAUGUACCUGCUGUUCUACAGAGAGAAAUGAACCUCAGCAGCCUCCGUCCGUCACCACGAGGCAGGAGCACAUGACACCUGCCCAAACAUGGCUCUCUCCCUCUCUCUGUUUCCCUUCAUCCUCUCAGUCAUCCAUUGUCUUUCCCUCUUUUUUCCUCUGCCUCUUCAGAGGAUGAGCCAGAAUCGUGACCACAAAAACUGGACGAAAAAAAUCUAAUCCCAUUGUUACGUAAACUCACAAAAUAAUCUGGCAAACAAAGGGAAAUGAGCAGAGGACGCUGGACUCUUGACAUGAAGGAGCUAAAUUACUUAUCAGUCCAAUACUGGAGUACAACCCACUUUAAAUCAACUCUGUUUACUUGAAACAAACAGGACCGCGUUGAAUCCCCAGUGAAUCUAGACCUUUAGACCUUUAGACCUAUAGACCUAUAGACCUUUAGACCUAUAGACCUUUAGACCUAAAAUCAGACCUAUGGUGAGAGUGAGGAAGGAAAGGAAAGUGAGUUUUUAGAAGCUGAGGACCGGAGCCCAAUUUCCAUGGAGCCAAAGCUGCUCACACACAAUCACGCUCCGACUCUCAGAGGCGCCCGGUGUGGACUGUGAGACGGAUUCUCGUCUUCUCCCGUGUGCAGUGAGACAGCUGGAGGUCCGGCGGCCGCACCAGUCACUGUCCAGUCCACCUGUGACUUUAAUGACGACGACCAUCAGUGAAACACUCACAUUUUAGAAAGAGAGAUGACCUUCAUCACGGGCGUCAUGAGUGUGAGCUGCAAAUGUCUGCCAAGUUCUUAACAAUCCAAAAGUUAAAAAGCUUCAAAAUGCUUUUCAAAAUCAGGACAUGAAACAAGCCCCUUUAAGCCCCUCCCCUUUUUUCUAAGCACACAUUUCAUUACCCUCGUCUCCCACCGUUUCUCUCCCUCAUCAUCAUCAUCAUCAUCACGACCAGAAAAGACAAACACACUUAUAUAUAAUUCCACUCGACAUUAAACCAGCAUGAUAACGAAACAACAACAAAAUCCCAUAACUGUUUUUGUGACGACUGACCAUGUGCAAGUUUUUGUAAAAUGUUGAUUUUGAAUUCUCAGACUUGAAGUGAAGCGUACGUAUUGAAUUGUUUUGUGAAUCAUGAAAAGAUGAGGCUGCUCUGAAACAGAGUAGCUUUGUGUCCUUCUUCUUCUUCUUCUUCUUCUUCUUCUUCUUGUAGUUUCUAGUUGGACAGGGGCAUUAUUUCCUUCUUUUUUUUCUGUGCCAAACUGAAGCUGCGCGGACUGAAAACACAAUCACAGUUUUAACCCUUUGAAAGUUUGUAUCAGUGUUGAAUAGUUAAAAAAAGUGACCUUCGCUCACCCUCGUCAGAUACAUUGUUAACAGGUGGAAUUACACACACACACACACAUGUAUGUCUAACAGCUGGUCCUGGAUCAGCCUUUGAGUCCGUGGACCAUUUCCUUUUACUCAGACGUUCACAUUCGUUUUGGUUGUUGUGCACUUGUAUUUCUUCGCUGAAUGUAAAUGACUAUGAUGAUUUUUUUUCUCUUUUUUUCUUUUCUUUGCACUAAUGAUGACGUUUUUAUGCAAAUGGCUUUUUUUUAAUAGAGUUGUGUUAUUGACUGCUGUUAAUAAAGUACAUAAUAAAAGAGAGGGGAGAACGUA